AUGGUAGACACUUCACCAAACCUCAUCCCAUUUGCCGAGCCACCUUAUGUUCGUGGCCUCCCUUCCCCCUACAUUACGCCCGCCCACCGUCGCUUUCAACAAGCAUGCCGUAAAUUCGCGACCGAAAAUCUGAUCCAGCAUGCCCUGGAGUGGGAACGCGAGGGAACCGUUCCCGAGCAUGUUUUCCAUACAUUUUGCAAGCACAACAUGCUGUUGCCCAAUAUGCCGGCCCCGCUGCCCGUGGAUUGGUUGAAGCGUCUGGGAAUCAAUGACAUCCUAGGGGUGAAGGUUGAGGAUUGGGAUUACAUCUACACUGGAAUUUAUUGCGAUGAGAUGGGUCGAUCUGGUCUCAGUGGCCCAGGCGGCUCCCUGAACGCCGGGUUCGCUUUUGGAAUCCCACCCAUUGUCAAGUUUGGCAGCGCGCAGCUGCAAGAGCGAUUUUUGCCCGAUCUGCUUACGGGUAAGAAGCGUGGCUGUAUCGCCAUCACGGAACCCGAGGCUGGCAGUGAUGUCGCCAAUAUUACCACAACAGCGGUCAAAAGUCCUGACGGUCAGCACUACAUUGUCAACGGAUCUAAGAAAUGGAUCACAAACGGUAUCUGGUCAGACUAUGCCACUAUGGCCGUGCGAACUGGCGGACCAGGAGCCGCGGGCCUUUCGGUGCUAGUUGUUCCCUUGAAGAACCACCCUGGUGUCACAAUGCGCCGACUCAAGGUCUCAGGUCAAAUGGCCGGAGGAACAACCUACAUCGAGCUCGACGAUGUCAAGGUUCCCGUGUCCAACGUUGUUGGCCGAGAGGGCGAUGGCAUGCGUAUCAUCAUGACCAACUUCAACCACGAGCGACUGAUAAUCGCCGUUGGAGUCACCCGGCAGGCUCGUGUGGCACUCUCCUCUGCAUUCUCUUACUGCCUCAAGCGCGAGGCCUUUGGAAAGACCUUGAUGGAUCAACCCGUGGUCCGCCAUCGUCUGGCUAAAGCAGGCGCAGAGCUGGAGUCUAUGUGGGCGUGGAUCGAACAAAUUUUGUACCAAUUGGUCCACCUCAGCAAAGAGGAGGGCGACCGGCAGCUUGGUGGCUUGACGGCUUUGGCCAAGGCGAAAUCGGCCAUGGUUCUGAAUGAGUGUGCUCAAACAGCUGUCUUGCUGUUCGGUGGAAAUGGAUUCACCAAGACUGGUCAGGGUGAAUUGGUUGAAGCCAUUCUUCGCGAUGUCCCUGGUGCUCGGAUCCCAGGUGGCUCAGAAGAUGUUCUGCUUGAUCUUUCAGUGCGUCAAUUAGUCAAGAUCUAUAAGGCCGAAGAAAAGAAGCUGUCUCAGAGCUCUAAGAUUUGA